GUAUCCCACCAGCAUUAGAGGAAGCAGGUGGAGUUCGCACGCUACUGGAGAUUUGCACCGCAGAAUAAAAGUGAAACUUUUUGGACACCAUGAACGGAUCUGCGCACAGCACCCCGAAAGUUUUGGAUAUUCAUCUGAAAAGAGGCCCGGCUGGUCUGGGGUUUAAUAUAGUAGGUGGAGUGGACCAGCAGUAUAUAAUGAACGACAGUGGAAUAUAUGUGGCAAAAAUCAAAGAAAAUGGAGCGGCUGCGCAGGACGGACGUCUGCAGGAGGGAGACAAAAUUAUUAUGGUAAACGGGUGGAAGUUGGAGAAUUUAUCCCAUAGUGCAGCGGUGGAGCUGUUUCGGACUGCAGGGGAAGAUGUGCAGCUCCGUGUACAACAGCGAUGUCUCUCCCAACAGAAUGGCCCCUUUAGCUCUCAGAGUGACGGCGAUUCUUCACCUUCUUUCAACACACAGACAAUGAUCACUCUCGUCGCCACAGCAGCACUAGCAACGGUAGUGGGUAUCAUCGUUUACAAAAGGCUCCGAGGGCCACGGAGCCCUUUUUAACCCAUCGCAUUUUACAGACUUUACAGACUUUGACCUUUUGCUUACGGCCCCAGACAUUAACAGCGAGCGCAAAUGAAAACCCUGUUAAUGAAAGCAGAAGUCCAUAUGCAGAUUUUCUUUCAUUUUUAUACCAUUGCUCUGAUGACGGCUAGCUAUAAGUGUUCAUUUGGUUUGGUGAUAAUCAUUUACCCAGAAUCCCCACCGUUCUGCAUCAGUUUGGUGAUAUUGCAUGGUGAAAUGAGAUCAUUGUUUGAGGGAAGCACGGUGUUGAAAUCAACAGCAUCUGAAAUGAUAAUCUUGACUGAAAGAGAGACCAAAGGUUGGAGAUUGAGACCAAGGUGGAGCUGUGUUUCUGGGCAGAAGACAGGAGCCAAGUCUUUUUUCCAUCGUAUGCAUCCAGCCGCUCCAGAGGACUGGAAUGAGCAUGUGGUGUACUAUUAGACUGUCUAAGGUCCUCUCAGGUGCCUGCUUGUACAAGAGUAUGUUUGAAAGUGAUGUUGGAAUGCAUGAUGUGGGUUAGUUUCUCUUUCGCUCAUCCACGUUCCGACAUGUAGGAUGUAUUGUGCGGUUGUGGGAGGCGGGGAUGUUGAUUUUUUUUGUCAUCAGCGCUCGGCCCUGAAUAUGCUGUGUAUCCUUAGAGGUUCUCCCUCGGGGAUCUAAGGCAUCAUUUGUAUUGGAAAACCAAAAGGUGGCACUUGUUUGAAUUCACAAUCUAAAUGAGAAUAUGAUCAUUUGAUAUUGUAAAUGGCUGUUUUUUUCUAGAAUGGUCUUGUCUUGAUAUUGUAUCUCGCGCACUAAUGUUUUUGGAGCCAUAAACCAGCAGCAAUUUGAACGUGUUCAUGCCUUGCCACGUCUCAGUGCUGCCCCCUGUCUGCAGGUAAUUGCUUUGUUAGGGGCUUUACCUCUGCUUGUUUGUCUGUAGUAUCUAUUCAUUAACUGACAAAAGUGUGUACUUGUGUUAUGCUGGUUCUGCAGAUCUGUGUUGAUAAAUCCAAUCUAUAUUCAUGAAAUGCUUUUCAUUCACAAAUCACUAUUAAACGAUGUUGGAUUCACAUGCGUCAUGCAUUGAAUAAAUAUAUGUU